CUUUUCUCUCUCCUCCCUUUUUUGUUACUUUCUUUUUGAUUCAUCGGUUUAAAAACGACGAUCCAGAACAGCUCAUGAAUGUAGAAGAACAGAGCGAAUUCGGGCGAAUAUGUGGCGAUAGCGGUGUGUGCCACUGCGACUGGCGUCUUACCAUCACGAACUGUGAAGAAGCAUCGGCACUGAAGAUCGUAUACAUUAUUAACGCCGUCUUAUCGGCAGUGCUUGCUUUCACUGCUGCAUUCAUCGUAUUCCAGCGCGUUUACUAUCACCAACAAACACUUUUUGACUGCAGAACGGGAAUUCCGAGACCAAAACCGAUAGAGAGCAUGGGUGUGAUGGGCGUCGUCUUCCACUUGUUACGGGUAGUUCACGCGAUCAUUCUUGUACUCGACGCUGCGCCUAACGUUGGGUUUCGCUCAUUUCUCUUUGAGUUCCCAUGGCAAUUUGCCUUUGGUGCACUGGCCUGCUAUCUAUUCGGCAUAGCACAUACACUUUCAAAUAGUAGCAAGGUGAUAUACGACAACUGGAUCCGCUCACCCUACAUCAUCGAUGGAGCUUGUGUUGCCGUCAUUACCCUGCCGUAUAUUACCAACAAUAUUUGCGCAAUUGCCGCGGGUGUGUUCGCUGAUCGCGGUGAUUUCGUGCUCGCCGCCAAUUUUACCGAUGCUCUGUACUACCUGUGGACAUUCUAUACCACUUCCCUCGCUAUUUUGAUCCUUUAUGCAGGCUUCCGCUUAAUACGACUCUUACGACACCAUUUCAUUGACAAGCCAGGUGCAACUGGCGAAGACGUUAACAAGUUCUCGUUGGGCGCACUCAAAGUCAAAAUCAUCAUUCUGACAGCGUUCUUUUGCUUGAUCCUGUUUGCAAUCAUGGUUGUCCUGUACGGCGUCUCGCGCGUCUCCAUAUCGCUUUACAUGCCAUAUAACCUUACAUUUGCGGUGAUUUGGACGUUCAAUGGUAGCAUUGCCACUGGUCUCAUCAUUUUCGCCGUGAUCCUCAACCCACGCAUGGCGACGUUGGCAGGAUUGGUAUCAUCCAGCACUGGUGGUGGUGAAAACACCGGCAUUUCAUUUUCUCGGAUGUCAAAAUGGCUUAACAGCAGAGGCAGCAUGACGAGCGCCAGCGCCACUACAGCAAUCAACAGUAGUGACUUACCAAAAUCAAGAAUGCAAACAUCAGAAAAGAAGUCGUUGGAUUUGGAAAGUGUGUCAAGAGUGAGCAGCGGGUAUUCCAAUAGCAGACAUCAUUAUCAAAGUAUCGAAAUGAUCGAGCAUAGCCAGAUUCAGAGUCGUGUCGAAGAAGAUCAGUUGCAAUAUAAUGCAAUGACGAGUACUAUCCGAGCACCGCCGCGUAAUGCUACUACUUAUACGGACGACUCUCGCUAUCGGCUAUGAUAGCAUUUUCUAACCACUUGCUUACAAUAACAACAACGACUACAUAUCAUUGCUAAUGAUGACCAUCAGAAGACCUGGCAUGGGAAAAACAGCAUUUGCAAUUACUUUUUUAUUCUUUGCUAUCCAAUAGCAGGACUUAGCUAAUGUAUAUAUUUAGCUACAAGUGGCAUUAUCACAUUUCAUUCAUUAUCCCAUUAUUACUAAUUUCUCUCUUACCACCCUCAUACUAAUAUCACUUGACUCUAUUUUCUCCACUUCUCUACAAUAUUUUUGAUAAAUUCUAGUUAAGUUUCCUGAUAACUGUACUACUUAUUUAAUCUUUGUAUAUAAAAUUUAUAUGAACCAGAAAUAAAAAG